AUGGAACUAGCUCAUAACGCGAACCGUCCUCUUAAGGACUUUGCCGUCCCAUCCCAGGACGAGCCUCACUCAAGUAUUGUUAACCCGACGAUUCAGGCUAACAACUUAGAGUUGAAACCUUCUCUGUUGCAAAUCGUGCAACAAAACCAGUUUUCCGGUAAUUCUACGGAAGACCCGAAUUUGCACCUAUCCGUGUUCGUGCAAUUCGCUGAUACGCUUAAGUGCAAUGGCGUCGCUCCCGAAGCCAUUCGCCUGCGUUUAUUCCCUUUCUCCCUCAGAGACAGAGCCAGAGCUUGGCUGCAGUCUCUGCCGUCAAAUUCCAUUACGACAUGGAAUGAAUUGAAAAAGGCGUUCCUAGCAAGAUAUUUCCCUCCUAGUAAAACUGCCCAGCUUAGGAACCAAAUUACCUGCUUUAGGCAGACAGACGGCGAAUCGCUUUUUGAUGCGUGGGAGAGGUACAAAGAAUUAAUGAGAGCUUGUCCCCACCAUGGAUUAGAACAAUGGUUGAUCAUUCACACAUUUUAUAAUGGCGUUCUCUAUAAUACGAGGAUGACCAUUGAUGCCGCAGCUGGCGGAGCCCUAAUGGACAAGCCUUUCAAGGAGGCAUACGAGCUUAUUGAGAAUAUGGCGCAGAACCAUUAUCAAUGGGGGAGCGAACGCACUCCUGUAGAGAAAUCUCAAUCCAAGGGAGGUAUGCAUGAAGUCAGUAACCUUGACCAUAUGAACGCCAAAGUGGAUGCGUUGUUCCAUAAGUUGGAUAACCUAAAAAUCGCUCCACCAGCUACUGUUGCUGCCGUAACUCCCAAUUGUGAAAUAUGUGGAACCCCAGGACAUGUUGCUGUCGAUUGUCUGUUGUUAGCAGAAACUGAUCAAGUGAAUUACGCGCAAGGAAACUCGUACGCUAACACGUACAAUCCAGGAUUGAGAAACCACCCAAAUUUCUCUUACAAAAAUAACAAUCCUACCUUUGCGCCAAGUCCUGCACCUGCAACACCCCCCGGUUUCCAAGGACAAAGAGGAGCCCCUGUUGCUCCGAAAAAGUCUAACCUGGAGCUCAUGAUGGAAAACUUUGUUUUAACUCAAACUCAGCAAAACAAGGAGUUUAUGAAUCAAAACGUUCAUACGAAUGAAUUGAUUAAGCAGUUGGCGCACAAAGUUGACUCCAUGGCCACUCAUAAUAAAAUGCUUGAGACACAAAUAUCCCAAGUGGCCCAACAACAAGCAGCAACAUCUGCCCCAGCCAGAACAUUUCCGGGCCAACCGCAACCAAAUCCUAAGGGACAUGUUAAUGCUGUAACACUACGUAGUGGAACAGAAUUAGACAACAGACCUGCUGCUGUGAGAGUUAGGAGCCGAGACGAAGGAAAGGCUAAAGACCCUGUGAGUGAGCCAGUUGACAUCGGAGAGACAUCUAAGUCUCAGGAGGUAACAGAAAAAGAAAAAGAAAAACCUUAUGUACCUCCUCCACCUUAUAAACCUUCAAUCCCUUACCCUCAAAGACUCGCGAAGUCUAAAACUGAGGGCCAAUUUAAGAAGUUUGUAGAACUUCUAAAAUCUCUUCAUCUCAGUAUUCCAUUUUCGGAGGCGAUUACUCAAAUGCCUUCGUAUGCCAAAUUCUUGAAGGAAAUUCUAACUAACAAAAGGAAGAUUGAUGAUAAUGAGACCGUAGCACUUACUGAGGAGUGCAACUCUAAAACCUCUAGAGAGCAUCAGAGGAGGCUAAACCCCAUUAUGAGCGAAGUGGUCAAAAAGGAAGUUAUGAAACUCCUUGAUGCUGGGAUCAUAUAUCCUAUAUCCGAUAGCAAGUGGGUAAGUCCAGUGCACGUAGUGCCAAAGAAAGGCGGGAUGACUGUAGUUCAAAAUGAGAAAGGUGAUUCAGUCGCCAAGCGGACAGUUACGGGAUGGAGGAUGUGCAUCGACUACAGAAAGUUGAACACAGCUACUAGAAAGGAUCACUUUCCUCUCCCGUUUAUUGAUCAAAUGCUCGAGCGUCUUGCAAGGCACUCAUAUUUCUGUUACCUUGACGGUUAUUCGGGAUUCUUUCAAAUCCCCAUCCACCCGGAUGACCAAGAAAAGACCACAUUCACAUGUCCCUACGGAACAUUUGCUUAUCGGCGAAUGCCAUUCGGACUUUGCAAUGCACCCGCCACAUUCCAAAGAUGCGUGAUGGCAAUCUUCGCCGACUUCCUAGAAGAUAUUCUAGAAGUUUUCAUGGACGAUUUUUCUGUGUGUGGGUCUAGUUUUGAAGACUGUCUUGGUAAUCUUGAGAAAGUUCUGGAGAGGUGUGUGAAGGUCAAUCUAGUACUUAAUUGGGAAAAGUGUCACUUUAUGGUCAGGGAAGGCAUAGUACUUGGACAUGUGGUGUCCAAUAGAGGAAUUGAGGUUGACAAAGCAAAAAUAGAAGUUAUUGAGAAUUUACACCCUCCCAAGUCUGUAAGAGAAGUUAGGAGUUUUCUUGGACACGCCGGUUUUUAUCGACGAUUCAUCAAAGACUUCUCGAAAAUUACCAAACCAUUGACUGGCCUUCUGAUGAAGGACGCUGAGUUCAUUUUUAAUGAACAAUGCCUUAAGUCCUUUCAACAGUUAAAACACGCAUUGAUCUCAGCCCCAAUAAUGCAACCUCCAGACUGGAGUCAACCUUUUGAGAUCAUGUGUGAUGCUAGUGACUACGCAGUAGGCGCUGUUUUAGGUCAGCGAAAAGAUAAGAAACUCCAUGUUAUCUACUAUGCGAGUAGGACCCUCGAUGAAGCUCAAAUAAACUAUGCCACAACUGAAAAGGAGCUUCUAGCCAUCGUCUUUGCAAUUGAUAAAUUUCGUUCCUAUCUAGUGGAAUCGAAGAUAAUCAUAUACACAGACCAUGCGGCUAUCAGGUACCUGCUUAGCAAAAAGGAUGCAAAGCCGAGGCUGAUUCGAUGGAUAUUGUUACUGCAAGAAUUUGACAUGGAGAUCCGCGAUAAAAAAGGGACUGAGAAUGUAGUCGCAGACCACUUGUCAAGAAUUCAGGAUGGUCAGUUGGAGGAGGUACCCAUAAAUGAUUGUUUUCCCUAUGAAAGAUUGGUUGCUCUAAGCAAUACAACUACCCCAUGGUACGCUGAUAUCAUAAACUAUUUGGUUGCUGGAAUUCUACCUCCCGACAUGACCUAUCAACAAAAGAAGAAAUUCUUCCACGAUCUUAAGCAAUACUACUGGGAUGAUCCCCUCUUAUUCAAAAGAGGAGUGGACGGUAUUUUCCGUCGAUGUAUCCCUGAAGAGGAAAUUGAGAUUACUCCCUAUCACCCCCAAACGAAUGGGCAGGCAGAAAUCUCUAAUCGAGAAAUUAAGCAAAUCCUAGAGAAAACUGUCUCUGUCUCAAGAAAGGACUGGUCCUUGAAGCUCAACGAUGCAUUAUGGGCUUAUCGGACCGCCUUUAAAACACCCAUUGGCACUACUCCUUUCAAGCUCGUUUAUGGAAAAUCGUGCCAUCUCCCGGUUGAGCUCGAGCAUAAAGCUUAUUGGGCCAUCAAAGCCCUAAACAUGAAUCAUAGCGAAGCUGGGGAGAAAAGGAUGCUGGAUCUUCAUGAGUUAGAGGAGUUGCGGCUCGAUGCGUAUGAAAAUGCCUUGAUCUAUAAAGAACGAACAAAGAAAUGGCAUGACAGACGCAUUAUAAGACGUGAAUUUAAUGAAGGUGAGGUAGUGUUGCUGUUUAAUUCUAGGCUAAGGCUGUUUCCUGGAAAGCUUCGCUCUCGAUGGAGUGGACCAUUUGAAGUCACUAAAGUAAAUCAAUCAGGUGCCAUUGAGGUCUGGAGCGAAUCCACUGGUAAAUUCCUAGUGAAUGGCCAAAGAUUAAAACACUACCACCCAGCAGCGAAAGUAGGACAUGUCGCUACUCUUGUUAUGUGUCCUCCUUGA